AUGGACACAGUCAAUCUGAUGAAUAUGGACCCCAGGGUGAAUCCUCUUGAGGAAAGUUUGUCUCCCUGUGAGGGAACCAAAAAGAUCCAGAUCGGUGACGAUCCAUUAGAAAUAACCUACUUGGGAGUUAAUCUCGACCCCGAGGAGGAAUCCGAGAUAGUAGUAGUCUUAAGAGAGAAUGUUGAUUUGUUUGCAUGGAAACCCUCAGACAUGCCCGGUAUUGACCCAAAUAUCAUAUGCCACAAUCUGGCGCUUGAUCUGGGUAAGAAUCCGGUAUCACAGAGAAAACGAAAAGGAGGUGACGAAAAAAGAAAAGCCAUCGCCGAGGAGGUCAGAAAGCUGUCGGAGGCUAAGUUCAUCAAAGAAAUCAAAUCCUACGCGGUUAUCCAAUAUAACAUGUCAAGAGCUCCCAUUUUCAUUAAAGAUCUUCUUAAGGGAAACCAGGUUUGGAAAAUGCACGUUCGAGUUGUUGAUAUGUGGGUUGUUAUUGAGAAAAAUGGAGCAAAACACCUUGAAGCCGUUAUUCAGGAUGCAAAGGGUGAUAGGAUUCACGUCGUCACACGGGGAAAAGACUUACAAGAUUGGGUUGAGGUUGUCAAGGAGCAUGAGACUUACUACCUUUACAAUGGAGAGCCAGUUGAGAACGAUGGGCCUUUCAAGGUGUGUUUUAAUCCACUCAAACUCAUUUUCAGUGGAGGGACUACAAUGACGAAGGUGGCAAUACCUGAAAUUCCUACUCACAGCUACAGUUUUAUGCCUAUUGGGAGCUUUCUCAAUGGAGAUUUCAAACAUGACCACUUAUAUGAUGUUAUUGGCGUAUUACAAGAUGUUUUGAAGACCCAGACUGGAGGUGGUGGUAGGAAAUCUUGUGUCAAUGUAUCCAUACGUGAUGCCGAAGGCAACGUCAUUGAGCUUGCCUUAUGGGAAGAUUACGGCAAACAGUUCAUCAACUACACUACCCCUAACAACUUUGCUGGUCCUACUAUAAUUGUAUUGACACAUGCAUGGUGCAAGCCAAACACAGUGUCGGGAUUACCGUGUCUUUCCAACGCAUGGAGCGGGUCUAAACUUCACAUCAACAUGGAACAUCCACAAGUGGAAGAAUUCAAAGCUAGUUUUGGUGCCAACUUACCUGCCCCAUCCCAAUCAUUGACUGCUGAUUCAUCUGUUCAAUCUGCUAACAAUUUCUGGACGAAAUUGUCCGAGGUGAAGAGUAUCCGUGCGGUAUCUGAAUUCGGAAGGGACUGUUUUGCAACAACCAUAGGGACUACCACUGGAUUUAAUCCCUCCAGGUUUGGAUGGUAUUUUGAAUCUUCUGGAAAUAACGAUGCUGAACGCGUUACCAAAUUCAAACUUGAGGUGGAGGUGGAAUAUGAUAACCAUAAGGGAAUCUUUGUUUUUUGGGAUAAGGAUUGUAUCCCUUUUACUAAGUUGACUGCUCAGGAAAUAAGAGAAAUUAUGAAGAAGGCUGGAGAGGACAAUCCUAAGAUAUGGCCUACUCACCUCGAUGUUCUCUUGAAUAGACAAAUGGUCUUCCGUAUCAAGUAUCAAUCACAAUUCAGACGGUUCUCCAUCGUGAAAAUACUCAACGAGGAUGGCCUUUACAAAAAGUUUGAUGACUACCUCACACCAGUUGAAGGAGAUAAUGCUGCUGUAAUGGAUGUGGAAACAGAGUCUCCAGCUCUUAUACCAAAUCAACUCACACAAACUUGCGAACCGUCAAUUGUUGCUGAACCAGAUUCGAUUGCUACACAUACUGGGAGUCCUUCUGCAAGUUGCAGCAGUACUCCUGCCAAGAGGGAUAUUAUGUCAACCUCAAUUGACAACUUGAUUCAGUUUGAAGAACUCACUCCUAAACAAUCAGCCACUAAGGGAACCAAAGGAAAGAAGACCAAGCAAUUCAAAAAGGAUUAA